GCGGGGACCGACUGGAGGCGGGACUGCGAGAAGCCGGCUGGGCUGAAGGCGCGGGCAGGGGCUAGCCACCGCUGGAGUCUGAGGGGGCUGUAAGUACUAAUCUUUUUCAGGAAGAUUCUUCAAUCACAAUGUCAACCAACCAGGAUAUUUCGCUGUCUUCAUAUGAUGAAGGUCAGGGAUCUAAACUUGUUCGAAAAGCUAAAGAGGCACCAUUUGUCCCCAUUGGAAUGGCAGGUUUUGCAGCUAUUGUUGCAUAUGGUUUAUACAAAUUGAAGAGCAGAGGAAAUACUAAAAUGUCUGUUCACCUCAUCCACAUGCGCGUGGCAGCCCAAGGUUUUGUUGUAGGAGCAAUGACUCUUGGUAUGGGCUAUUCCAUGUAUAAGGAAUACUGGGCAAAACCUAAACCUUAGAAGAAGAGAUCCUGUGUUGGUCUUGGUGGUACUUACUUCAAUUAGACAUCUCAUAUUGAGGUUAUAUGUUUGUGUUGAAAAUAAAUUAUUUGAGUGGGUCAAACAAUAACACAGUAAUUGGAAUAUUGACUUCCUUUCUUGCAAACUUGACUUACCUGGUGAUGAAAUUACCUAGUGAGUAGUUCACUAGCUAGUCAAUUCAGGGGAGUCAAGUUAGCACCAAAAAACAUAUAAGUGCUUGAUGGUGGUAAGCCAUCCACUUUCCAAACUCUUCUGAUGAAUUUAAUUCUGAAUAAGAUAAGAGUUCGAUUCUAAAGUAUUCCUAGUUGCUACAGAAUGUUACAUGCUUAUGAUAUCCAAUUAAUUUAUUUCUUCCUGCCUGCCUUGUGAACUGAUCAGUACUUCAGUUUUUAGGGCUGGUUAGCUAUUGAAGUAAUGGUUUAGUGCAUGGAUUAUGCCAUUAUAGGCCUCUCUCCAACUGAAAAUGUGUGUGUGUGUGUAUGUAAGCCAAACCUAAAAAGUUGACAAUAGAACUGCUUUAUUUAAAAGUUAUACUUGUAAACAUAAAAAAACUUAAUUAUGGAUCCCAUUGUAGUGCUUUUGUAAUUCAGAGUUAUAUUUUAGCUGUUCUUAUUUAGGAUAGUUUUUAGAUGCCAUCUUAAAGCAAAAGUAUAUUUUAAGUACUAAUUGAAAGGUAAAUGAACGAUACUUUUUCUGUGUGGUAUGUUUAUUUUUUCUGUAGGAAUCAUAAAUGCUAAACUAAAAUUACUUCCAAUGUUAUAAAAUUUUGAAAUGAACUUGUGACAUUCUCUUGUCUAACUUGAAUUUACAUUCCAUGGUGAUACAUGGUAAAUGUAAUAUGUUAUUAAAGUAAAUGAACACAUAAUAUCUUGUAUUUAUUUCAAGAAAAAUAAAACAUUCCUGAAGACACCAUAC